AUGUCACCUAUCCAAGUUAUUUCAGACGCGAUAAGCCCACCCAAGAAUGUCCAAGAGUUUGAUUUGCCGGUCUCACCUUUUGACCCAGCCAUCCAUCUCGACUACAAGCCACCCGCAACUCGACACUCCUUUACUGAACUCGGGCUUCCGGUGCCCAAGGGGUGUCCUGAUAUCUGUUUUGUAGAACCUUUCCAACUCUUUACCGCGGAAGGAAUUCGGAUGAUCCGCAGAGAAGUUUUUCGCAAAUCUUUUUUGGACAAGUUUUUAAGAUCUUGGGAGAGAGCCCCUUGCAUUAUUGGAGGUCAUGCGAAUUUGGAAGACGAAGGGAAGUUUAUCUCUCAGACAUGGCACCAUCCAGCUACUCAAGCCGCAGUUAAUGAUGCUUUUGGCUGCCCAUUGAGUCACCAACUCGGAGAAAAUGACUUGGGCUACAUCAACGUCCAGCUAGGGUCUGAGGGUCUCGCUGGUGUAUACAAACUUAGAGAAACGCCGUCGAAGCCGCUCCCGAAAAGCGAAAAGCUACCGAGCUCUGUUUAUGAUGAUGUCCCUGUUGACAAAUGGCACAAGGAUAUGACGCCUGUGACUGUAGUCUUGAUGCUCAGUGAUACUUCUACCAUGGUUGGUGGAGAGACCGCUGUCAAGACUGGUGACGGACGAGUAAUAAAGUCUCGUGGCACAGCGAUUGGCGGCGCGAUCAUCAUUGCAGGCGGCUAUGCAGAACAUGCUGCGCUGCGAGCUGAAAACUGCCCCGAGCGCCUUACCAUGACCGCCUGCUUCAGCUAUGCCGACCCGAAUGCUGAUGACAGCGCGACAACACUCAAGAGUGUCAACCCAAGGUUUGACAAUAUGGAAGACACUCUUGACACUUUCAUGCUGCAGAAAGUCCGCCGUCUUCGCGAUCGCUGUGAUCUUGCAUUGGCUCGGAUCGAAGAACGAAGGGCAAACCAUGAGAUGGUGACGAAGGAGGAGGUCGAACCAUGGGUCAAAGAUCAGAUUCAGUUACUCAAACAUACAUGCUGGGAAAUGUUUGAACGGGUACCAAACCAUCUUGGCAGAGAGAUUCCUGUUCACGCGCUAGAGAAAUACCUAGAAGCAUGA